AUGCCGGUGAAGCGGCAGCGGCGAGCUGCAGCCCCCGUGUCGGCAGAGGAGGAGCUGCUGCUGCUGCAGGGCCGCGCGUUGGCCGAGGAGGAGGCGGCCAAGAGGAAGGCGGAGCUGCUCAGACGCUUCCUGAAGGACAAACUGGCCCAGGAGCAGCGCAGCACCGCCCUGAACCUCCAUAAGCUCCACAGCCAGUGGCGCGCGGUGCUGCGCGAAGCCAAAGCCCAGGAGCUGCGGCGGGACGUGGCUGUGCUCAGCAGCACCUUCGCGCGGGUGAUGGACAGCAAGGACGGCGUCAUCGAGUCCUUGGUGACGGACCUGGAGGAGGCGGAGGCUCAGCACAGCCGGGCGCUGAGCGGCCACCUGCGGAACCUGGAUCGGCUGCUGCAGCUCCAGCGCUGCCGCCUGCGCUGCAUGGAGGAGGGCUGCAGCGCGCAGCUGGAGGACCUGCAGGAGGAGUUUGAGGCUGAGAGGAGGAGCAUCCUGGAGCGGCACCAGCGAGAGCUGCGCUUCCUGCAGGCCGUGGCCGUGGCGGUGGAGCAAAACCACGCCAGGGAGGAGAGCGAAGCCGCGCUGAACUUCCAGAGCACGAGGGACGAGAUCAAGAACAAGAGCCUGCAGGAGAAGCGCUACAGCCGGCUGCAGCUGAGCGGGAGGCUGCAGGGGCUGUGGGAGCAGUUCCGGAACGCCGCGCAGCGCUACGCCGAGGCCACCGAGCGGCGCCGGCUGGGCUUUGAGGCUCUGAAGGCGAAGGACGAGAAAAGCGCCCGGGAGAUGGAGGUGCAGGAGAAGAGGCUGCAGAGGCUGCAGGUGGUGGCGCGGUGCUGCUUUGGCUGCUGUGGGUCUGGCU